AUGGUUAGGACCAGAGGAUUAGGUCGUGCCUUAGGUCAGGUUACUGGCAGAGGUGUGGGCAGAGGAGAUCGUGAUGAUUCUGGUGAUGCUCCGCAGCGUCGACGGCCUACUGCAUCUGCACAGAGGCAGCGGGUCGCUGUGACUGCGACGCACGAUGAGCCAGUCAUCCCUGCGCCAGAUGUUCAGGAUGACCCGAUGGAGGCACCAACUGCUGCAGAGGACAUUGUGGCAGACAUUCCUGCGGACACAGGCAUAGAGGCUGCUGAGGACGAGCAUAAGGGAUUUUCGGGUGGUCCGAGUGACCCAUCCGUGUUUACCCUGUAUGCGAAUCACGUUUCUUGCAGCGUAUGGACGAGAGAGGAGCGUCCUGAAUUGAAGCUAUCCUCUCAUGGGAGGAAGGUCCACAAUUUAGGCAGGCAUGUCCCUGCCAUUGAGGAACUUGUUGUUGGUACAGGACUAAGUCCUCUGAUCGCGUGUUCGGUAGACACCGGCGAUCAGGGACUUUUGUCCGUGUUUGUGGAGCGGUGGCACCGGGAGACGUCUAGUUUCCAUCUUUCGGUGGGAGAGCUCACCAUCACGUUGGACGACGUCUCCUCGCUUCUCCAUCUUCCCGUGAUUGGCGACUUACACGCUUUUGAGCCCUUGCAUGUGGACGAUGCGGUUCAGAUGCUGGUGGACUUGUUGAUGGUCUCUCCAGAGUCUGCUAGGGCUGAGACAGCCCAGUGUCACGGACCGUACGUACGCCUGCAAUGGGUACAUGAUAUAUAUGAGUGUCGAUGCCAGGCAGGUCAUUGGACAGUUGCGGCUCGCACAUAUCUUCUUCACCUUCUGGGUUGCACUCUGUUCGCUAACAAGAGUGCAACCAAUGUCCAUGUUGUCUACUUGGAGGCCCUUCGUGACCUCAGUAUGACGGAGAGGUACGCUUGGGGAGUGGCUACUUGGUGCUGGAUUUACGAGCACUUUCCGUCGGUCGCGGACUCCACUGCUUAUCAGGAGUACGACGAGGAUUCUCCGCGUGCGUGUAGGUGGAUUGCGACCAAGAAGACCGUGAAGAGCAUUCGUACGCUGACGUACAGGGAGCGCUUGGACAGACUCCAGAUUCUGGAUGUCUGUUGGAUCCCUUAUGGGGAGCACCGAGAGGUCCGGAACUUCCACGUCAGAUCAUGUUAUUCCGGUCUCUUGCGCUGGGGGCCUGUUGUUGUUUAUUACCGAUCGGAGAGGGUCGUGCGGCAGUUUGGCUACACGCAGACCAUUCCUGCUCCUUCUGUCGAUUCAUGGGUCUCGUAUGAUGAUAUACACGACAGGUGGAUGCACUACGAGGAUCAUAUCGUUCCAGCAGGUGAGGUGUGGAUUGUGCCAGGCCAGUGUUCUAGUGACUACAUGGACUGGUUCUUCCGCAUCUCCCAUCCUUUCAUGACACCAGGCCACGCAUUAGAUCCUCUGCAUCAUGGUCACGCCCCGCAGCCCCGAGUCGUCCCUCAGGCCCCGCAGACGGAUAUCCCUCGCGUGCCGGAGCCAGGAGCAUCGUCGACAUCUGCGAAGGAGCCUAGACAUGCAACGGAAGUUUGUGAUGACAUUGCUGAGAGGUUGGAGCGCCAUCUGAGUCUAGGGGUGGUCACGCCUGGCUCAUCGACACAUGAGGUGAUCGAAGAAUGCCUCAGGUUGGCCAGGAGUGUGACACAGGACCAUCUUGGAAGUCCUGCAAUUGGCAUUGGCAAUACAGGGAAGCUGCCACUGGCAUUGGCACAUGCUGCUGACGUGGAGGGUGUUUCGCCAUUGGCACUAGCGAAACACGUGAAGAUAGGGUUUAGCCAGCAGCUUUGGCGAAACAGCUGCUGGUUUCAGAGGUGUAGGUGUGCAGGUGAAGGAAUCUUGGGAGCUGCGCACAGAGGGUAUCGUUAG